CUUCCACUAGGUUUUAGAACAAGAAGAUAAAUCYCUCUCCUUUUUCUUCGUCUUUCUACGCCUUUCCUUAUCCAUURCCGUUCAAGAAUUCUUGAUACUGAAGGCUAAACAUGUCGGAGCGUAAAGUGUUGAAUAAAUACUACCCACCAGAUUUUGAUCCAACAAAAAUCCCAAAACUUAAACUCCCAAAAGACAGACAGUAUGUCGUUAGAUUAAUGGCACCAUUUAACAUGAGAUGUACAACUUGUGGAGAGUAUAUUUACAAAGGGAAAAAGUUCAAUGCAAGAAAGGAAACUGUCCAAGGAGAAACAUAUCUUGGUUUACUGAUAUUCAGAUUUUAUAUUAGAUGUCCAAAGUGUAUUUCAGAGAUCACUUUCAAGGCACUAGAAAACAGAACAAAGGAGUCAAAACARGAAAUGGAUAUUCUGGAAAAGCUAGAAGAACUGAAGGAUUUGAACACACGACAAGCAGAAGUGGACUAUGAAAAAAUGUUGGAACUUUACAGUCAAUAUGAAAAGGARGUGAAGGAAAAGGAAGAAAAAGAAGAUGAGGACCUGGUUAAGUCAAUWUUUGGUUCAAAUAAAAUCCAAAGGAGACUAGAUGACAGCGACAGUGAUGACAGCAGUGAAGGAAGUCAAGAGAAGUUAGUGAAAUCUAGUAAGCAAACAGAAACUGGAAAGAAAAGAGCUACAGAUGUAUUGACUAAGGAUUCUGAAUCAGAACCUCCCAGUAAAAAAGCAAACGUUUGGGAUAAAGGUAUUGGAAAGCUGGGAAGCAAAGACUUACUAGGAUCUCUCGUUAUAGUAAGAAAAACCAAGAACAAUGAUAAUGAGAUAAAGACAGAUAAAAUGAAGGAAACAUCUUCAUCAGGGACUUUAUCUAAUGAUAACGUACAAAGCAGUUCAUCUUCGAGUGAGGAAAAAGAGUCACAUACUGAAGUUGAUAAUAAUGGUGGUUCUCUUGGACUUUUGGGAAGUUAUGGGAGCAGCAGUGAUUCUGAAUAGAACGGGUCUAAAUCAGAGUGCACACCAUAUAUUCAUAAAACGAAAAACAAAGAUGUAUUGUCUAAUUCCAGCUAUUUGUUUGCCAUCUCACAUAAAAAAGUAGAUGUUACUAGAGCAGAACAUUGGGAACAAAAACAAACACCUCUAUACAUUAUUUGUUGUUUGGUUCAUGCCUGAGUGAAUUCUUAGCUAUUUCACAACUAAAUAGUCGCAUAACUAAUGCUUUUAAGUGCUACAUGGCUAGUAAUUGUUUCAGGAAUAUAUAGUGUGCCAUCUAAUAAUGGAAAAAUUUACACCCCAAGCCAAAAGGGUUAUGGUUGUCCUUAUUAACACCAUAAUCUUGUUACUUCCAAGUAGUCGUAAACAACAUUUGAAUAAGAAAAAGAAUUUAAAGAGGAUUCUCAGUGGUAGUAAUGGUUUCAAGACAUAUUAUAACAGGGUUCGUGCUACUCCUUGAAUUCCUUGAAAAGUCCUGGAAUUCAAAAACCAUUUUUAAGUGCACUUGAAAAGCCCUUGAAAAUAACAAAGUUGCUGGAUACUCCUGGAAUACUCCUUGAAAAUGCAACGGUUACUUAUAUAUCAUGAUCAUCUACUGUAACUUAAUUUUUGUCGAAAAUUCAUUUAUUACUUUUAAGGAAAUAAUAAUAACCUUAUUCACUUAAAAGUGAAUAAGGUUGUUGACUUAUAUGCUUUUUUCCAUUAUUUUACGACGGUGAUAUAUGGAGCCUGAAAAUAACGUAUUGUAUCUAUGCAUUGUUAAGAAGAAAUUCACAAACAAAAUUGAUUCUUGAUAAUCAUAAUUUUGGACCUUGAAAAGUCCUUAAAAAGUCCUUGAAUUUUGUGUCAGAGACGUAGCACGAACGCUGUAAUAAGAAUGUAUAAUAUAUAUUCUGGGGGUAGGGGUAUGGAUAUUUUCUGAAACUACACAAUUUAUUUUUACCACAGUUCAGCCAGAAACUAGGUAGUACAUGUACAGUGCUUCAUUCAAGAAAAUCACAUUUUAUUAAACUGUCAUUACAUAA